UCCACCACCUCCCUGGGCAGCCUGUUCCAGUGUCUAACAACCCUUUCGGUAAAGAAGUUCUUCCUAACAUCUAACCUAAAACUCCCCUGGCGCAACUUGAGCAAUAUUCAAAUAUGAGUAGUUUUAUUGCAUCUUUAUUUAGGUCUAAAGAAGCUUGAAAAGAUAAAAUUUUGAUGCUACGUUAUAUUAAUCUUUUCAUUGGAUUCGUAGUGAUAAAGCAGUAAGUUUUUUUUAGCUUCUUUGAAAAUGUCAUUCAGCAAAAGUGAGGAAACUACGUUUUUUUUUUUUUUACCAUAAUUUAUAGUGUACAUUCUCAUAUUAGUAUCGGGUUAGCUGCUGCUCUCAUAUGUGGUUCUUUGAGUUAGCUCAUUAAUCUUUUUAUGUCCCUUCUAGGGAAUAAUGUUUGUUCAGUCUUGUUUCAGGUUGAGGAUAGUUCUUAAUAUUCAUCCUGUUUUUCUACUUAAUGACAUUCAGUGGAAGAGUAACUGUGGAAAAACUGUGGAACAGAUUUUUCCCUGUACGGCUAUCAGCUUGUAGUUUUGCCCUUUCUCUGACCAUGGCAAUUGGUGGAUAAAAGCACAAAAAAGAGUUCUUAAUGAAAAGUCUGAAUAGAGUUACUCUUUUAAAUUGUCACUACAGGGAUUGAUUUGUAAUACAUGUUUAGAUGAGAGCUCAGGUCAUAUGUACCCUCAGUAUUCUUGUUUGCUUUGAAAGUCAGGAAUGCAGUAUUACAUGAGUUAACGUUUGGUCUGGUAGAUUCCUUGAAAAGUCUGAAGUAUUUUCCAACGAUAAUUUAGAUGUUGCUUACAAAUCCUAAAGCUAUGUUAAUGUUUGUAAAUCUGUAGAGUAUGUAACUAGUACCUAAAAAUCAAGGAACUCUUAUACAUGUAACUUAAAGGUUUCAUUUCUUUUAGUGUGCACAGAAGCUUUCAUUUUUUUUCCCCAGAUCGUCAGGACAGAUAUUUAGUCAAAGGUGAACCAAGCAGCUGCUUUGAGAAAGCUUUUGUUCUUUUCAGCAAACAUAAGUGUUGAAACUUACGAGUGUAUUUGAAACAUUCUUAGAUGUGCUAGCUAAAACUUAAGUUGCUGAAGAACAUGCCUGUCUUCCUGUGAAGUUUCUUGUAAAGAGAGGAAGGAAAAAACUUGCUUUAGAUAACCUUGUUAUUUUGAACUACCUUCAGCUGUUCCAAAUUUCCUGCUGCAAGAGCAAAUUAUUUUUGGCAGUCCUCAAUGCAAAAAAACUUCUGCUAAUGACAGCUUUAGUUUUCAGAUAUUCAAAUUACUUAAGAACACCCCCCCCCACCCCCCAAAAAAAAAAAAAGCUUAUCUUCAGUGGGCAUAUAUUUAUAAAGGCUACAAAAAUUUUACUGUACAACUAUUAGACUGCCAAAGCCAAACAUACCUUCAGACUGAAUAUGUGAAAUCGAUUCUGUCAAGCACUUGUUCCUUCUGCCUAACAGUGUGAGUCACUGUUUUUGGCAUUUCAUAGACAUUUUAUUACAUAUGCUUGCUGCAUCUCACAUCUGAAACUCCUGUUUAAGAAAUGUUCCUUUGCAAGCCAAUUUGCAGAGUUCAGCAAAAAUAUAUUAAACUACUGUAUUUAAACAGGGUACUUUAAUUCUUACAAACAGCCUUUUCAAGAAAAGCUAUGUAAUUUUGCCUUUUGAAUUACCUCUCCAAACAGAUUACUGAUUAGACAUUUCUUUGGAUUUCCUAAGCCAGUUCAAGAUUUCUCAGCUGCUAAGGCUGAACAGGAUUUUUGUCUCCUGAGGAUGGCAGUGAGGCAGACUUGCUCAGGAAAGCCAUGUAUACGUUUCUGCUUGUUGCCGAGCAGGUUUCUACCCUCAGCUCACUUCCAUAAUGGAUACUGCUAGUAGGUUUCAGGAUUCCGCUAUAGAGAAAAUAGGUAUCUGUACUGCAUCUAGCAUUAAUAAAGGAUUUUAGAGUGGAUAUGAUGGAAAUUAUUACAGUGCAGUUGUAGGUCUCAGUGCUUCUCAGGCCAAUUUGUUGGCCUAAGCAAGUUAUGAACUGUGACUUUAUAACCCCAACUAUAGCUGUCUUGUUAGUAAUAUCAUUAUAUGGAAUGACAGAUCUUUAGUAGCGACAGUACCACUGCAUUUUAUCAUGUAUGCAUAUGGGCCUUCAAUCCAGCAUCCUGUUUAUCUUCUACUCACAGCUGCACAUUGUGUUAGUCUUUAGAAGUUCAUAUUAAAAAUAUAUAUAUACUAAAAAGAACAAUAACUGUUUCUUUCCUGAGUAGUGUUGCAGCACCUUUUCACUUUGCAGUAAUUUCCUGGUUUUACUCAUUUGUUUUUUUUGUGUAAACUAAAUGUUACUUAAUUAUCUGCAUUUGCUGUCUUGAAUCUGGGCACUCAAAUUGUUAGUGUGCAUUGAGUGACUGAUACAUGUAUCCAUAUUGUUUUCCACAUUUUAUACUUGUACUGUCUUGUCACUCAUAUCUCCACAUUCACUUUUUGCCUUUAUUAAAAGCUCUUGGUACUUCAUAAAAAUUGAACCUUUUUUUCACUAAAUACAAACCGUUUUUUAAAGGAUUUUUGUCUUUAAGCUGAUGUGAAUAACAGUAGGGUCUAGCAACAAGAUUUAGGCGAUAGGGAUACAUUUGCAGAAUAGUCUUGUUUCCAUGUACAACACCUGGGGGGGAAAUGCACAUAGACACACAACAGCUAGAAAAUUGAGGUGUGCUUUUUGUUUAUUUUGUUUUAACACAAAAAGAAUCAAAAGUUUGGAGGAGGAGAAUCAUGAGCAGGGUACGAGACAUGAAAGACGACAGCAGCCUGGAGUCCUGAGGAUGAGUACAUUCACAGAUGUCAUAAGUUCUUGGUCAGGUUUAGUCAAAUUCUUGGUCAGGUUUAGUUUCUUGUAGAGCAGAUAUAAUUCAGUUUGAUUAAAUGUCCCCUUGGUCCCUACAACAGUGCCUAGUGAUAAUGGUCAGGAGCAGCAGCGUAAGUUUUCUUCAGGCCAUUGUGGAAAUGAGGUGGGCCCCCACCACUGUCAUAGGUGCUACAUCAGCAGUCUUUGCAUUUCCCCAGACCGAAGUGGCUAAAAUUGUACAUCUUUCCCUUCUCAUACCUAUAUAGCUCUGGAAAUAAUCAGUUUGCUAACUGUGCUUUUGUAUUUUUUUUAUAGUAUCAGUAUCAGAAUGUUUUGAAAUGUCCUUUUUUUGGGAAUUUAUACUUAGCACAGUAGUGUUGUUUUUUAAAUUCUUCUGGUUACUAUCUGUCUAUCUUGAUAGAACACAACCAUUACUGAAAAAUGCUAAAAAAAUGAAAGGAGUAUUUUACUUUCUAAUAGGAAAUAAACGCAUCAAUUUGGCAAAAUACAGUGCCAGUGAUCGAUUUAGCUUUAUGUACUGCCUAACUGUAAGCAUGGUUAACAUUUGACACCAUGUUGAAAGCUAAGCAUUCCUCUUUUGCUGGGAAGUGUGAUUAUUGCUGUGCCUUUCAUUCUUUAAAGUGGGGUUACAAACAUUGUUUUUACUGAAAGUCAGUAAAUUCUACAUCUGGUAUGUAAUCUAGUUUUGGUAGUCACACAGUCUUGGAGAGUUUCUUUCAAGACUCCUUGAUAUCUGUUAGAUAAUGCUGCUUUGGUGUUUGUUACUUGUCCAGCAAUGGUAUGUUUCUGUGCUCAGAUUCUGAUGUACUAGUGUAUGGAAUUUGCGAGAUUUCUUUGGCCUGAACUGAGUAUUGCUGGUUUUUUUAUCACAUCAUUUUGUCUGGGAGCACACUUCGUUUUACACAGGUGUCUGUUGAACAGAGGUUGUUGCAGAUUGUGCUGUCCUAUGUAAUGCUGCCAGCUUAGACUCUAUGGUUUGCUGAUACUGAGCAGGAGGCUUGUGAACAUCUGGGAUUCAUAGUCCAGGUUGGAUUUUUAAGAGGUCCCAGUCUCUGCUUUCACUGGAGAAAAAAAAAAAAAGUCUUAGAGUAUAUAGCUCUUAUACUCUCUAUAGCUCAGAGUAAAAUAGCUCUUGAAUUUGUUCUUGUUUCAUGAAGCUUCUAAGGCCAUGCAGGUUUUUGCUAACCUCUGAUACUUGUCCUUUCACUGUUUUCUGUGAAAGUGGUUGUAGUUUUUUUAGAUCUUAAAUAAAAGUCAAUGCAAACUUCAACAUAGAAUUUGCAAUGUGAUAUCCAUGAAGAGCUAUCUAUAUAAAAUAGAAACAUGCUGUACAUAAAUUAUCCAAAUCUGAAUAGUGACAUCUGUAACCUUAUUAAUAUUGAUUCCUGAUGAGCGUUUUCAAGUGGAGAGCAAUUGUUGUGAUUACUCUGUCAAUUUAAACAGUAGUCUGGUACUACAGUUGAAUUUCUUUUUCAAAAUUCUCAUGAUGCUGUGUAGGGAAAGAUGUGUUGAUUUCAUAUAACUGAUGUUCAUAUUCAUAUCAGUUUGGGAAGGUUACUAGAAAAAAAAUGGCAACAGAACCAAUGGUAGGAAGUUAAGUCCAAAUAUUAAAGACUUAAAUAAUACUAAGGCAAUUAAUUAAAAGUUAGAAUAAGUAGGUAGUAAUUUACUAAUGAGCUUCUUUGUUCUACUUCUUACUGUUUGUGAGGGUUUUUUAAAAGCUCACCUGUAAAGUGUAUUUUGUCUGUUUUUAAUUUCUUUCUGCUGUAAAUUCUUAAAGUCAGGGCCUUCCAAAAAUGGUCAACUAAUUGUGGUGCUUGUGAAAUAUGCUCAUUUUUGCUAGACAUAACAGUGUAGAGUGGUACAGCUCCAAAACAGCAGAGACUUUACUUUGCUAAGUAUGAAAUAUAAAGCAUUUGAAUCUCUCCAGUCUCUUUUCUUUUUAGCUUAUGGCACUUGAGUAGUAUUUCCAGUUUCCAGUGUUCACUCUUUCCCUUUGAUUCAAAUGUAUUUGUCUGGAAAAACUAUUGCAAAGAAGAGACUAAGAGCUGAAAAGGUUCUUCAGGUUGCUCUACUUGUAUUUAAUCUUUGUGUAAAUGAAUGUCUGCAUUUUUUUCAUUGUGUAUCAAAUCUGGUAUGUCAGCCAGUGUGAUUUCUGCCAAUUAUAAUUGGCAUUCAGUGAGUUCAAGCACUUAUAGUGUGCAAUUAUGAAUCUUCAUUAGAUUAUUACAGAAGUUUUUCUUUGUCAUUUUUUAAAGUUACUUCGUUAGAAAUUUAAUUUUCCUCUUAAGAAGAUGUCUAUAUGUAAUAUUAGGAAAUAACAAGAAAGAGCCUAAUAAUGUCAUAUUCUGCUUUAGGGUAGUUAUAUAUUCCUUCAUAAAAUCAGAAUUUGUUACAUAACUAAUUUUAUCAUCUCAAUAAAGAAAGAAGAAGGAUACACCAAAGCCAUUGCCCUUCCUUCCCCAGUUCCUUUUUUAUUUUAAUGAAAGGUGUGUUCACCUACAUAAUUAGUAUUUGACAUCAAAGCAUUGACUAGAGGAUGCAGAUUGGACUUACUGUUUAAACUUCUCUUGUUCAAAAACUCCAUUAAUUUUUCACCACAUCUGAGUUUUUAUUAUGGGCUGGUCAGGAACAUUUCCCAUUAGGCCUAUAAGGGUUGUUUGCAAAGAGCACCGAGUAAUGACAAGGGAUUAUGUCACUAAAUGCAACUGAGCUACUGAAAAAUAAUAAUGAUAAUAAUAAUAUAAAAUAAUAAUAAUAAUAAACUGUAGUCAUAAGGAAUUGACUGCAGCUAGUAUCUUGUUUUUGUGUUUGACCUAUGUAAAUACAGGAUUUCAGGAAUCUUUCCUAAAACUCUUCUAAAUCUAUUUCAACCUUAAAAUAAAACCUUUUAAUUAUAUAGAAGACAGCAAAAGUUGUUAAUGGUUUGUGGCAGGUGCACUCUGUUCCUGCACUUGACAUAAGUCUUGUUUAGGCUUCUGAGCCAUGGUAGGCCUCGAUGGGAUCCUUCCUUGCAAUUUGGAGUUUCAGAACAUGGUAAGGAAUCUGAGCUUGACUAUGAGUCAGUCACUUUUUCUUAUAAAUACAUAGCAGCUAGAGAAAAGCUAAUUUGAGCUCUCUAGGGAUUGUGGCUGGCUUAAUCUAUGUGGUGAGGUUCAGCUGUGGUUCAGGACUGAUGUUAUGUCACUCCUCCAUUGCCAGUGGGCAGCAGGCGUAACGGGUGAGUACGAACAGGCACUCCCUGAUUGUGUCUCCAACCCUGAUGCGCAGGCUCUGGUCAGUACCAGAGCCAUACAUUCUGCAAGGUACCAGAGUGGCAGGGUUGGUGGAAAAUACUAAAACUGCCUUAUCUAUAACAUAGCCAGGAUGAUAGUACUGUUAGUCUCACAGUCCUUUAAAUAGUAGUCCUGAGUAAAGGGCCCCUUGAGCUCUCCAGGGUCUGCAGGAGGCUGCACUCUUGAUCUGCCCCUGAGAUGUGUGUGUCUUUAUUCUGCUUCUUUGGCUCGCGUGCUUCGUGCGUUUCAGUUUGGAUUUUUAUAGACAAAGAUAUUUUGGAUGACAUUUUGCCUCUUAAGUGAACUCAUGCUUCUGAUGUGAGAUAUUUGUGGCUGAAGCUACUUGAUUCUCCUGUAAUGCCUUUGUGUUUGUCUCUUGUGUUUACUUGUGUUUGGCCAUUGAUGGGCUUUCUCCUCUUCAUUUUGCUAAGCAAGGUGUCUCAUGUUAGUGUAAACUGAUUUUAUAGUUAAUCUAUUUCUACAUUUAAUCUCUAAAUUUACAUCUCUUAUUUCAUCCUCUUCCCCUUUGAAUAAGUCACUGGAUUUUACAAGUGUUUAGUCCCUGUGACAGAUAAACUGGGGAUGUCAUGUCCGGUACUUAAGUGAGGGGACUAUUUAUAGUUCAUAUUUGCAAAGUCUUUAUUUGCACAAGGGACACUGAAGGAAACUAAAGUCAUGUACGUAGGAUGUGGCUUUUAGACAUACAUAGAACUGUGCAGAUAAGUCUGCUUAAAAAAAAAAAGUGUCCUAACAUGAAACUUAACUAAGUGCCUGGAUCAAGACUGAAAUACAGUGUAAUAAUAUUAUUAUUGCAAAAUACAUUAAUAUGUAAAUUAUAUAUGUAAUGUAAAUGUAAUUCACAGCUGUUUAGUACUGUGUUGUGAAGUUCUCAUCUCCAAGAUUUCCUAGGCUUCCCUGAGCUUUCUGGAGGGGCUUGCCUGGCUGGUAUGCCCCAGGUACCAUGCCAGGGGUUCAGGCCUUGCCUUCCAGACCUCACUGUUCUACAUUUCACAGGACUUUGCUUACAUGAGGAGCAAUUUUGCUCUGUAGGCAGAGAUAGAACAAUAUAAAUGUUGUUUGUUUGUUUAAUAGAAUGUUUUGUUUUCUGGCUGGGAUUUACAGAUAAGGCAAUAGUACAGUUUUAAAUAGGUAUGCUUUAUAGCUAUAACUAUCUUCGACAAAACUUAUUAGAGCUUGGCUGCUUAAAAUCGUUAGUUUUAUAAAAAAAAAAAAAAAAAAAAAAAAAAAAACAAAUCAGGCAACAGUUACAAACUAGGAUAGUUCUUGGUUUUCUAGAAACAAACAGUUGAGAUUUCCUUUCCAACAAUGCUUCUGAAGCACAGAUAAAAUGACUUCCUGUCUGACAGUUUCCUGUAUCCAUGGCAACCUCAAUUUAACCACUUCUUUCUUAGUUUCCUGAGUGAGCAGUUACAAAUCCAGGGGAAAAACGUGAGAGUUGUAGCACACGACAAUAGUGCUUUUACUAACGUUUCGCAGAUGAGUAUAGUCAGUCAACUGGUAACAGCCUAACAAACUGCAAAACAAGUAAAUAACGGAAAUAAUGAACUUCAGAUUUGGGCGAAGUCAGAGAUGAGUGAGAAGGACAAAGACAGGGAUAUGUGUGGACUACAAAGUUUUCCACCCUGCACAGGAGCAUUACCGUAUCUCCUUAAUGGUUUUCUUUUGCUGCUCCUCCAGAAGGAGGUACUUGGCUGUCCAGCUGUUUGCCAGCUCUGCACAGGGAGACAAGUUACCUGUCGUAACUUGGGUCUUUCAAGCAUCCCCCGGAACUUCCCCAAAACUGCAAUUCUUGUAUACCUCAGUGGGAAUAAUGUAUCGCAUGUCAUUCCACAUGAAUUAACAGGUCUUCAGAAGCUUUCUGCACUUUACAUGGAUAAUUCCAGUAUUUCAUAUGUACACCCAAAAGCUUUUGUGGAACUCCCUAAUCUGUGCUACCUGCAUCUAGAUAACAAUAGUAUUAAACGCCUGGAUCCAGGAAUCUUUGAAGGUCUUUCCAAUCUUCGUUAUUUAUACCUUCAGAAUAAUCAAAUAGCUUUUAUUUCCAGAGGAUUAUUUAGUGAUCUCCUUUCUGUUAGAUAUUUAACUCUUCAAAGAAACCGCCUCAGUGUCCUUGGAAGUGGAACUUUCAUGGGAAUGAUAAGUCUUCAAACACUUAAUCUAGCCAAUAAUAAGAUUUCACGGAUAUCAGAUUCAGCAUUUUAUCAUCUUGAAAACCUUGUAUAUUUGAUCCUUGAAGGUAACAAUUUAACACUUGUGCCAUCAAAUGCCAUUGGAAGGCUCAAAAACCUUGAAAGACUUUCUUUGUCUCACAAUCCUAUUCGGUCAAUACAUCAUUUUGCAUUUAAAGGACUUAACAAGCUUAGGUAUUUGUCUUUAAAAAGUGUAAAGCUAAAAGAGAUUUCUGUAAACGGAUUUUUUGGAUUAAAUAAUCUUAGUCAGUUAAUCUUAAGUUAUAAUGAUUUAGAAAAUAUAAAUUCCAGCACUUUUACUUUAUUGAACAAUUUAAUAUAUCUGCAGUUAGACAGAAAUAAAAUAACCAGUAUUGGUGAUGGUACCUUUGAAAAAAUGGGACAGUCACUUAAAAUACUCAGUUUAGCAUUUAAUAAUAUUACAGAGUUGCAACCUGAAGUGCUCAAGCCCCUAGUGUCUUUAACUCACCUACAGGUGAACUACAACCCUUGGAACUGUAGCUGCAAAAUGCUUGGGUUGCUGAACUGGCUAGCUUCAUCUCCUAUUUCUGUUAAAAUUCACUGUCAAAAUCCCCUCAGUAUGCGUGGCAGACCUUUACGUUACAUUAGGUGGACUCAGUUUGCAAACUGCAGUAGCCCCACUGCCAGCCCAGAAGCAGCCUGGAAUCUAGGAUCUACAGAAAUCCAUCACAGCCCUACCACUUUGCUGAUGGCAUGGCAUAAGGUACACAGACAGAACACAUUGGAACAGUUUGUUAACGUGGAUACAAAACAUGUUACUUUCUGGGAAGGAACUACAGCUACAUCUGCUAACCCUUUGCCUUAUGAAGAAAAUGCUGCUGAAAUUCCAUCACAGGCAACUACAUUAUCAAUAUUACCAGUAAAAAUACCAGCACGGAUUAUACCUGUUAACAGAACUGUAGAAGGAAAAGGUUUAUUUCCAACAGAUGCUGCUCCUGUAUCAUUAGAAACAUCUGUACUUUGUACACAACAGGUUGAAAAGCUGAAUCAGGCUUUUGACAUUUUGCUAGCCUUCUUCAUUCUGGCUUGUGCUGUUAUCCUGUUUCUAACCUAUAAAAUUAUUUGGUUUAGACAGAAACUAAAGGUGCUGGAAAACUCAGGGGAAAAGAGAAUAGAAUAUUAUGGUUUUUAUCAGCCUGGCAGAUACAAUAUAACCAACCCAGUGCAGUCUCUAACUGAGAAUUCAGUGGGACAUACAGAACUGGACCAAAUUAGGUUGCUCAAGAGAACAGCAUCAGAAAGUCAGGCACAGGUCAUAUUGUUUGAACAUUCAUCUUUGUAAUUAACCUCAUUUGAUUUCUUUUGUGUGAUCUGAAAUUCCAAUAAGUCAAUAACUCAAAAGUCAAUAACUCAAUUUUCUAAAAAAAAUAAAAUAAUAAUCUUUCACUAAUGAAAAUCAUCUAGUUGAUAGAAUUGUAGCAAAUGGUGUAAUUUCAGUUCUGCAUCAUCAUUUGCUUGUUGAAUGUUGUGUUUUUGUUUUUUUUUUUGUUAGAUGUCAUUUAGUUCUGACAUGGAUAAGUGUAUUGUCAUCUUUCCUUGUUGUAAGAUUAUUUCUAUGAUUCAAAUAUGUAUGCAGUAAAAAGUAUAUUGAUUUAUUUUGCAGUAUUUACUGGUAUUAAGUUUCUGUAGAAAUUGCAUAGAUAAUUUGAAGUUAAGCGUAAGUUUUUAGCAGGAUCAUGGAGGCAAGAAAUGCGGGGGAGUGGGAAGAGAACAAUGCUUACUGUAUUUAUUCUAAAGCAUAGUUUCUGUUCUGCCUCCAUUAAUCAUCACAGAGAAAAAUGUGAGCAUAUUUACAGCUAACGUGUUGAAACUCUUAAUGAAAAAAAUUAAAUGAUACAAAAUUUGUUCAUAUCUGACAUUCUAACAUACAAAUGUAUAUUCAAUCUGUAUAAUGAAUAUAUUAAAAAGUGAUUUUUUUGUGUGCAUCUGUAUCAUUUCAUGGUUAUAACUUAGCUAAUAGGGAAGCUAAAUUUCUAGUGGAUUGAAAACUUGAACAAGUUUAUAAUGUCUAGGAUAAUGGAGUUGGUUAAUUUUUGUCUAUAAAUGAUUCUCAUCUAUAUAGUAAAAUUUCAGAGUGUCUGGCUCAACAAGGGGUAUAAACAGAAUAAAUCUACUAUACGUCAUGUGUAUGAUUAUAGCUGGAUUGCUGAAGGUGGUUAUUUUCGUGAUGUAUAUUUAGAAAUGUAAGUUCUUCAAAGUAUGUUUUCUUAGUGACCUUAUUUUAUGAUUAUGCUUUAAAUGAUGGAUAUUAUGUUUGUUUUGCAUUUAUUUUAACACUUAUUUAGGAUAUUAAUGUUCUAUUUACAUUACUGUUAGGUUGCAUCUAGUGUGUUGUGGUUGUGUUUUCAACCUGAAUUUGUGAUUUUUUUUCUUGUUUCUCCAGUAAUUCAAGUUUUAUACAGGGAGGAGUCUAAAAAAUAGUCUCAAAAUGAUCCAAUCCAGUAAAAUUUUCAGCUGUGUACCUGUUUUUGUAAAUACUGUUUGUCUUCAGGUAUGCACCUUAGAGACUUAAGUCACUCGAUUUAUCAACAGCACAAUUUAAAGGGAGAUCGUUUUGCACAGUGAAAAAUGGGGAGCAAUAUUUUAAUAGUCAAGAUGCUGAUUCAACUUCAUACUUGCAUGGAACUAUCUUGCUGUUCCAAGGUCCAGCCUGGAGACCAGGACUUCUCCAGAUGCGUAGGGCUGCUGCAGGGUUUCUUGAUCCAGACAGCCUUCCUUCUGCCAGUGUAGCUGAUGUGCAUGGUCACGUUGUUCCACUCCCUGUCAUCCUGUUUGUACAUCUCCAGUGCAUUUCCAGGAAUGACAGAUACUUUCUGCUGCCAGUACAAAUAUAGACCUUGACUGUACUUGUAUGGGUGUGACAGCGGAAGUCUUCACUUUGUGCUUCUAUUGUUGUUUGCUACAUGUUUUUGUUCAAUGUAAUACAAUCUCAGUUUUAUUGAGAUUAAUUUCUGUUGUAUCACAUAUUUUAUUCUAAUCUACUGCGUAACACAUAUACUUUCAGUUUAUGGAGCACUUAAUUCAGCUACUUGAGCAAAAGCUUAAACUAUUUUUGGUUGCAUCAGUAGAAACUGCUUUAUUUAGACUCUUCUAGUCAGAUAUUAAUUAAAUGUAACAUGCAAAUACCUUUUAAGAAGGGAAAACACUGACAACUCUUAAAUUCAUGCUAAAUUAUUUUUAUGGCUAAGUCAUUUUCCUCUUUAGUCCCUUUUUGUUACUUUCUGCCUUCCCUAUGUAAUUCCUUGUGAUAAAUGUUAAUUUUGUUGCUUUUUUUUUUUUUUGGUGACUAUGUGUGAUUCCACAGUGCUAGGUUUUGUAGUUUUAAGUGCUGUAUUUUAAAAUUUUCAAUUUUAUAUGGAUGUCUUCAGUAAUAAUGGACUUUAUUAGCACCCAGGUGAUAAUUACAGUCAAAGCUAGUUAAUGUGUCCAUAUAAGAGGACUUUUUUGAGAGAAUGGAUGAAAGUUGAGCAAAACGAGCCCAAUCCUCAAAUCUGUGAGGGGUGGGUCUUCAGUUUUUAGGCUCUGUAUUCCCUGGCUGCUCUCUGCAGAAGACUGGUUCCCUCUGAAUGCUCCUCCUUUCCACCUGUAGGUGGAAAGCUCCUGUAGGAAUUAUUUUUCAGGCUUGAGUCUCACAAUUUACAGUGGUAGAGUGUAAAAGGAUCUUUUAAGAGUUGUCUGGAAGGAGCGUUGGGGCAGUUGAAACCAUCUUCUGGAGAAGAGUCAUCCUCUAGUAUCUGUCUUGCUAACAAUUUUGUGUUUCACUGUAGCAAAGAAUUGAGAGAUACAUUGUGCAUCUGCCGGGAAGUACCCUUGGCAGUUAGCAGCUUUUAAAGUUAGGUGUUCCUACAAGGAAAUAGAUGCGUUCAUGUACAUGUGUGAUUUGUAUGGCCUAAUUAUUUAAAUCAUUAGGGAACACAUUUAGAAUUCUCUUUAGUGCUUUCCCUCAUGAAGCAAAAUGGUCCAUAAGUUUCCACUUAGUCACAGUCCCUUACUAGGUUCCAAUUUGCAAAGUUCAUUGUCAAAUUUACAGUCAGCCAUAGGAUUACCCUGGAAAUAUCAUUUUAGAUGUGUCAUUACCAUUUUAGGAGCUUCAUAGCACAGCGCAAAUUCUAGGGGAGAAAAAAGGAUUCAUUUACAUUGCUCAUAGCAUGUGUCUAAUCUCCAUUUGUCCCUUUCUACCCUUUCUACCUCUUCCCCUGGCUAAUGAAAUAAGAAUAAAGAAUUAGUCUUUCUCAAGUGCACACCACUAAAGGUAUGAAAUGAAGCUUCUCCGUUUCUUUUUAGAUGUUUGCUGCUUCAUCCUGGCAAACAAAAAAGCAGAAAAAAUGUCUAGAGGAGAAGGGUGUGUUUUCCGAUGAGAAUUUUUCCUCCCUGGUAGACUGAGGAAGAUGUAUAGCAGACACAAGGACCAUUUUAUAUACUUAUAUAGCAAUUGCACCACUAACAAUUUAUUAUGAUCUGUGUUUUGUUAAGCUGAUUGUAAAACUUUUUUACAGUAGCUAUGUAAAUGAAAUUCAAUAUUCUGAAUGUUUGUAUAAAACAUUCAGAUAAUGAGAUACUAAAAGUACUAAAAAAAAAAAA